AAACGUUCAACAGUGUCUAUUUCUGGCUCUCUAGUGCCUGUAUUCAGAGGAGCUAAGCAUUUCCAGAUGCGCACCAGAGCUCAGACGUAACAAUAUUGCCAUAUUUGGUAUGGCAGUAGCCUACAUUAUUAACAUAUUUCUCUCCCUUUGGCCAGCAUUCCUGACAGCUUAAAGGGUUGUUAAAUAUGUUCUCCGUGCAGGGAAAUUCUUUUGCAUUCAUUCCUUUAAGGCACUCUGACAUUUCACGCAAUCUAUCCACAUUUUGCUGGGGAGAAAGUGGGUCCCGUUGAAGGUGAAGUGAUCCAAUUUUCCACAAGAGAAGUUGUGGUGGGGGGGGGGGGGGGGGGGGGGGAGACAAAUAGUUGACUACGUUUUACUUCAGGGGUCUCAAUAAGUCCCCUCCACCUGAACUGAUUCCGAUUGAUGAACACUUUCACCCGUGGAAAACGCAAUGCGUAAAGACGCAACAUGCACAGUUAUUACUGCCAUGAGCGGCUGGCCGAGUCAGUUUAUUUGUUUAUAAGGAUCGGACAUUUCACCGCUUCUGAUUUUUUUAGAAGCCUGACACGCAGACUCAGCAUAGUGAGGCAGCAACAGGGAACAAGACGGCUGAAGAGCCACCAUGAUUUGAGCGUGCCAAGUAAAAGGAAAGCGAAACAUGGCUGGUUUGAUGGCAGGUUUUGGUCAUUACACCCACGCUGUCGUCCGGGGAAUCCCUGCGUCUCUCUCCAAAGAAGCCCUUAGAACCAGCCAGGCGGAGGUGGACCUGGCCAAGGCGCAGAGGGAGCAUGAAGCGUACGUUGAGGUCUUGAAGACAAGGCUCGGUCUGGAGCUGGUCGAGCUCCCCGCGGACGAGUCGCUCCCGGAUUGCGUGUUCGUGGAGGACGCGGCCGUGGUGUGCGGUGACACGGCGCUCAUCACUAGACCUGGGGCGGAGAGCAGGAGGAGAGAGACUGAGGCAAUGAAAGGGGCUCUGCAGGAUCUGAAUCUAAACAUUGUGGAAAUGACUGAUGAGAAUGCAACAUUGGAUGGAGGAGAUGUUCUGUUUACAGGUCGAGAAUUCUUUGUGGGCCUUUCCAAACGGACCAAUCAGAGAGGAGCAGAGAUCCUAGCUGAUGCUUUUAAGGAUUAUGCCGUGUCCACUGUGCCGGUGCUUGAGGGGCUACACCUGAAGAGUUUCUGCAGCAUGGGAGGACCAGGCCUUAUUGUGAUCGGCUCCAGUGACCCUGCUCAGAAAGCCCUCAAAAUCAUGCAACAAAUGAGUGACCAUCGCUAUGACAAACUGACUGUACCUGAUGACCUUGCUGCCAACUGUGUCUACAUGAACCUGCCCAACAAAGGACAUGUUCUCUUGCACUGCACAGCAGAGGAGUUUCCAGAAAGUGUGAAGGUGUUUGAGAAAUUGAAGGACCACAUGCUGAUCCCUGUGUCCAACCUGGAGAAGGUCAAGGUGGAUGGAGCCCUUACAUGCUGCUCUGUACUCGUUAACAAGAAAGCAAACAUCUGAGUAUCCCACACCAUGGCAACCAAGCAGAGUCUGCACUGUACCUGAUCAACCUGGAUCCUGAGGUUAAACAAAGCUAUCCUGGUACUUAGAAGAAAGAUGGACCUGUUUUAAUGUUGCUUAGGGGCAAAGAAUGUCGUAAUUAAAGGGACACUAAAACUCCAUUAAUUCUUAAUAAAGUUUCUGAAUACAGUAGUUAAACUCAAGUCCUAUUUUUAGAAGAACCAAAUGAAUUUCAAUUGUAAAUUGAAAUCAGAUGUAAUUAGUUUUGGUUUGGAAAUCUAGUAAUUCUGUAAAAAUAAUCCAAAAAUUAAAACAAGGAGCCAAGAAUAAGACAAAAAACAAGCUUGCAAGUUUGAUCAGUUCUUCCCUUGUCUUGGGCUAUGUGGCUUAUGAUUGUAUCUGCUCCUUUACAGCUAAAGGAAAUGUUGCAUUGUUUUUUUUAUUUUACUGUCAUUAAAAGGAUCUUUAUCUGGAAGAGAAAUACAACAAUAUGCUAUGUUGAGUGUUAUCCUCGAAUCUACAGAGCACUUAGGACAGAAGAGCCCUGAGCUGAGACAACAGGCUGGAUCUGUAUAAUAGCUAUUUUUGUUGCGUAAAGUGCAGCCUUUCUGCAGAAUUAUAAACUACAGAACUAACAGACACAGCGAGGGGAAAAAUUAUGUAUACAGUUGAUUUGCAGUGUUUACAGGCAAACUUUUAACUGUGAUUUACUUUUGGUGCGUUAGCUUAUGUGCAAUAAAUUAUUUUUUCAAGAAUGGUAUUUUAGAGCAAGAGGAGGGAAAUAAAUCUAGUUGUUUCUCAACUAUAAAAAAAAGUUGCUAAGUAGCCAUUGUUUUUGCUUGUGUAGUUAAUCUUAUGUGUUUCUUUGGAAUCGGUGCUGAAUUAAAACCACUUACACAUUUGUGUAUAAACUUGGAUAAGAAGGGACAAGGCUGUUUGAAAUAGCCUUUGAAAUUCUUAAAAAAAAAAAAAAAACUAUUGUGAUCACAGUUUGAUAUGAUCAUUUUCUGUGAUUUGUCAUGAUCAGUAGUUAAAGUUUUGCCAAUUAGUUGUGUGCACUUUUUAAAUGACUGUUGCUUUCUAAUCAUUGAUAUUCACUGUACAAAGCUGAUGGCAUUUUUUUCCCUGACCCUUAAUUCUGUAGAAUUCUGUAGCUGCCAUCAGACAAAGCAACCACCUUUUAAGUGAUACAAGAACCAGCCAUGGUUGCAGUGGUUUCAUACUGUUUCUUGUAAGCCUUAGCAACAUUCAUAUGGGAAUGCCAAUUGCAAAAAAAAAAAAAAAAAAGACAGUAUGCUGUGCCAACCCUGCAUUGGUCGUGAAUGUAUGUUUUCAAUGUAAUAAGAUAAACUAAGAUUUCAUUUAUUCCAACAUAGCUUGUCUGCUCCUGUUAAUUUUCAGUGCCUCUGUAAUGACUUUAGUCCUGAUGAAUGACUUUAAAAGCACUCUCAUUUCCCACAAAUCACUGGUUGUAAUUGUGUCAUUUAAUUUAUUGAUUAUUCUGUUUCUUUCUCUCUCUUUCUGCGUGUAUAUGGCACUUUGUCCUCCAGCACUGACUUAAAGUCAGAGUUUGCACUCGGCAUGCAGAUCAAGCUAACAGCUCUGAUUUGAUGUUUCCCCAUAAGGAGUUUGCAGGAUGUUGUCCUGUUUUAGUUAAAUUCAUGUCUGAGGCCUGUAAACAUGACAACAUAACUGUAGGCAUCAUAAUGCAUUAUAUACCCUGUAUGUAUUAAAGUCUAUCACAUGUGAAAGCAUGUUGGUUUUCCGUGUGAUUGUAAGUGAAAGUUGAGGAAAUAACAUCAGGAGGUGACUCAGACUCCCUCCAUAGACAUUAGCGUAUGGGCAAGUGGGCAGUGAUGAAACAUGGAAAGAAUUCAUGUCGGGAGGAGAGGCUCGUUCAGCAGUAAACACUGACUCUUUUAAAUUUUCUUUUUCGCUUGCCUUUCCUUUCUCACUCUCAACACUCACUUUCUCCCACCCUGUCCUAUUGCCUCAUGGACAAUUCAGGGGCUAAUUUAUGGCCAUGAUAUCAUACAGUCUGGCAAACACUGUGGAUGUGAUGACCUGCCGUUAAAAGUGUGACAGCAGUAUAUUUUACAGAAGACGGCUGGCUGAAUGUGAGAUGUUAGCACAUAGUAGUUGCGGAGCCAGUUUAGAUUCUCAAGCUUUAACUGCAGAUACCGUUUUAUCUCAAAUUUCUCUUUCGUUUCGAAUUUCCGUCUCUCAAUAACAUAGCAUUUUCUUUAAUAUCAAUGUUCUUAAAAACUUUAAUACUUGUUUAGCUCUGGUAGGGCAAAACUGUAACUGUUCCUUCACAAUGUGGUCGCUCUGAGGUCUCUAAUUCAUCCUCAUAUUGAUGCCCUCACUCAUAGUCAUGAUGUUGUAAUUGCUCCAUCUCAGGUCUCUUGAUUGUUAAACAAGUUGUAAGAAUUAUUUCAAUCACUUUAAACUAAAUGUCUGCUUUAAUAAACAAGUGUCACCUUAA